AACAUGACUCCUCCACAGAAAGAGGUGUUUUUAAAGGAGGACAAUCAUUCGAUACAAAAGAGGUGGCGUGAGCCGCGGAAACGUCACCAGACCCCGCCUUAAAUUAUAAGAAUCAAUUCUUCGAUUUUAUUUAUUUUUUUUUUAAUCAGAGCAGAUCGUUGGAGGCUGUUAUCAGACUGGCACGCAGGAUUCGCAGCAGCCGGGGACACUAAGAACAUCUGCAGAAGUCAGGCUGAAAUAAAAACUCAUCAGUGCUUUCAUUUUAAUAUUUAUCCUGGUAUUUAAAGAAAAAGAAAAAAGGUGUGCAGAAUGCGUCCCAUUCCUGGCUGGUUUGGCUGGGCGCUGUGUUUGUGCGCAUCUUCGGCCGUGUGCGCGCAGGACUACACUGAGGACGACGAGAUGAUCCUGGGGCUGAUCCGCGACGAUGGACCUCAGUCCGAAACUAAUGGCGAGCCCGCUGCAGAGUUCCUCAAGUGCAACAAGGCGGCUUGGCGCAUGUCCGGUCAGUAUCUGGUCAUCCUGCACCAAGGGACCCACGAGUCUCAGGUCCAGAGGACCGUCAGGAGGCUGCGAGCCAAAGCAGCCAGGAGAGGCUACCUGCUGGAGAUCUUACAGACCUACUCUGGAGUUCUGCAGGGCUUCCUGGUCAAAAUGAGUAUAGAUGUACUUCGCAUGGCAGUGAAGCUUCCUCAUGUUCAAUACAUAGAGGAAGAUUCGUCCAUCUUUGCUCAGAGCGCCCCCUGGAACCUGCAGCGAUUACUGCAGCCUCAUGGUGGCAUCUCUGUCAAUGGAACAUACCUGCCUCCAAAUGAUGGUGAGAUGGCGGAGGUGUAUCUAAUGGAUGGCAGUGUUCAGAGCUCCCACAGAGAGGUUGAAGGACGAGUUUUCAUCACAGACUUUAAUAACGUCCCUGAGGAGGAUGGAGUCAGAGUUCAUAGACAGGCCAGUCAGUGUGACGGUCACGGGACACACUUGGCUGGUGUUGUGAUCGGAUCGGAUUCGGGUGUAGCUCGAAGGGCAGGUGUUAACCUGGUCCGUGUGCUCAACUGUCAGGGUAAAGGAACCGUCUCAGGAGCUCUCGCAGGGCUGGAGUAUAUCCGAGCCACCUUAGUGGCCCGCCCUGUGGAUGGGGCAGUUGUCUUGUUACCUUUCAUUGGUGGCUUCAGCCGGUCAAUAAAUGCAGCAUGCAGAGAGAUGGUGACUCAUGGAGCUGUUGUCAUCGCUGCUGCAGGGAACUACAGGGAAGAUGCUUGCCUCUAUUCGCCUGCUUCAGAACCCGAGGUCAUCACCGUUGGGGCUGUGAACUCGGCAGACCAAUUCAUGUCACAAGGAGCAGGGGGCACCAACUUUGGCCGCUGCGUUGAUCUGUUUGCACCUGGUGAUGACAUUGUUAGUGCCAGCAGUGAGUGUAGCACCUGCUUCACCUCACAGAGUGGAACCUCGCAGGCUGCUGCUCAUGCUGCUGGUAUAGCAGCCGUGAUCCUGUCCUCCAGUCAGAUUGCAUCACCGGUGCAGGUCCUGCAGAUGAUGUUGCAUUAUUCCAUUAGUAACACGAUUAACUUCCUGCCUCUGUCUGAAACACAUCGUCUCACUACUCCAAACCUGGUGGCAGCCAUGCCUCCUGCCAACAGCCCAACACCAAACGUUGAACUUUUGUGCCGCUCGGUGUGGUCGGAAAGGUCAGGGCUGUCCAGUGCAGACACGGCUGUGAGCCGCUGUCGCAUCGGGGAAGAAAUGAUGGGCUGCAGCAGCUACGCUCCUGAUGGUGCCCGCGUAGGAGAAACCCUCACUGAGAGCAACGGACGCAUGGAGUGUGUUGCCUACAAUGGCCCGGCAGGUAAAGGUGUGUUCGCUGUGGCCCGCUGCUGUGUGAUAGGUGGUCUGCAGUGCCAGGCCCACGCUAGUCCUGGGCCUGGGCAGGAUGCUCAGUGUGCAGGCCCACAGCACCACCUCACAGGUUGUACAACUCAGUCCGCAACCGAGAUCUCAUCUGACUCCCGUCCUCAUCACGGAGCCGGGAAGAGUUGCAUCGUGAAGGACGGAGUCACAUCACAUGCAGUCUGCUGCCAUGCUCCGUCUCUUCAGUGCCAUCUGUUGGAAACCACGUUGUCUGACAAAGACCAGGUCGAGUUGUCUUGUCCUCCAGGCUGGACUUUGACAGACUGCAGCACCGUCUCUCAGGGCUCUGCUGUCGUAGGGUCAGUUCCUCGACGCAACAGCUGCUUCAUCCACAUCGCAGGGCAAGUCGAGGCGGCGGGCGUAGCAGUCUGCUGCCGCGUCACACCACCAGAGUCUCCUGCUACAACCCCUAACUGAUCACAGCUGUCUCUUUGUCAUCUGUCUUUUCUCUAAGCCCUUUUACCUUCGAAGACACUUUGAUGUACUUAAUAUCUACAGUGAGCACCUCUGCAAAGCUGUUAAUUACAGCCAUGAUUGGGUCAAAACGUGCUCCACAUCGUCUUGUAAGCUGUUUUUAAACCAUCUGAGAUAUACAAGUUUAAAAUUAAAUAUAUCCUGGUA